UUGACGUCCUGACGCAAAACCUCUGCAGUGAGUGUUGUUUGUGAAACUUGGCUAGCUGGUUUUAGGACCCAGAGUUUGACUAAUCAGUGGACUGGGUGUGGAGAGCUACUCUAUCCACAAAGAACGGAACGCCUUUGGGAAACUGUUUCUACUUUUAUCUGUUUACCUGAGCAGCUGGUCUUUUCUUCCUCUGUGCCUUUCCGGUGGACCUAUUCAGCGCCUUUAUUCUGAGUGUUCAAGAUGUUUCUGGCCAACAAACUUAUUAAAGGGCUCAUAGAUGUUGUCAGCAACGUCGACCAAUUUGUGCCUUCUGACCCUCCUCCUCCCAAAAGACCACUUGCAUAUGCGAACCAGAAUGAAACCGAUGAAGAGAGACAGUUUCGCAGGGUGUUUAAACAACUUGCAGGGGAUGACAUGGAAGUGAGCCCCAAUGAACUGAUGAACAUGCUUAAUAAGAUUAUUUCCAAAUAUGGUGACCUGAAGACAGAUCGUUUCACUAUUGAGUCCUGCAGAAGUAUGGUGGCAGUAAUGGAUAGUGACAGCACUGGAAAACUGGGAUUUGAGGAAUUCAAGUAUCUUUGGAAUAACAUCAAAAGAUGGCAGGGCAUUUACAAGAAUUUUGAUGCCGAUCACUCUGGUGUGAUUGGGCCUAAUGAGCUACCUGGAGCUUUCAAAGCAGCAGGGUUCCCACUCAAUGACCAGCUUUUCCAGUUGAUCAUCCGGCGAUAUAGUGAUGAAAAUGGCAACAUGGAUUUCGACAAUUACAUUGGGUGUCUUGUGCGCCUGGAUGCUAUGUGUCGUGCCUUCAAGACACUUGAUAAAGACAACAAUGGCACCAUUAAAGUUGACGUUCAAGAGUGGUUGCAGCUGACUAUGUACUCCUGAAUGAAGAAGAAUAUUCUUCACCAUCUUGAUUAUGUUCUGUCAGUUCCUCUUUGCGGCCUGUCAUUGUCAAAUGUCUCUCUGUUUUAAUAACUGACAUAAUUAUCUGUUUCAUUGUUAGCUAUGACAGCAUGAUCACACUGUGCCUUUACACUAGGUGGCAGCUUUGUUGCAACGCUUGCUUGCAUUUUUUAGAGGUUGGUUUAUGCCAUAUUUCCAUAUUUUAUUCCAUUCCAUUUGUGCCCUUUUCAUUUAUUCCAUGACUGUUAUUUUAUAAUUUACAACGAGCAUUCAACCAUAGAUUAAAAACCAUGUUCAGAAUAGAAUAGUUUUAGAAUAGAUGAUAGCUAUUAAGAACAUUACGGAGUCAUAUUAUUUAAAUACUGAAAAUAUGAAUCAGCUGUCGGUUUUGCUGUUAUUAUGCUGAUGCUCAAAUAAACGUUAUUUGUUUUGGACAUA